CACCGGGGCGGACCGAGGGCAAAACCGGCGCGCAGCCCACCCGCCCGCCGCGCGCCCCGGGGGAACUGCAGCGCUGGCGGCGAGGAGCGGUCCAGGGCUCCUGGUUCAGACGAGCAGCUCACCGCAGCGCCCGGAAGGUUAAGCUGAAACCACUCCUCAGCUACCAAGAUGUUGCCAUCCAAAUUGCAUGCGCUUUUCUGCCUCUGCAGCAGCCUCGCACUGGUUCAUCCUUUUGACUGGCAAGACCUAAAUCCUGUUGCCCAUAUUAGAUCAUCAGCAUGGGUCAAUAAAAUACAAGCUCUGAUGGCUGCUGCAAGCUUAGGCCAAACUAAAAUUCCCAAAGGAAAUGGCUCUUAUUCUGUCGGUUGUACAGACUUGAUGUUUGAUUACAGUAAUAAGGGCACCUUCUUGCGUUUGUAUUAUCCAUCCCAAGAGGAUGACCACUCUGACACCCUUUGGAUCCCAAACAAAGAAUAUUUUUUUGGUCUUAGUAAAUUUCUUGGAACACACUGGCUUAUGGGCAAAAUACUGAGCUUCUUUUUUGGUUCAAUGACAACUCCUGCAAACUGGAAUUCUCCUCUGAGGACUGGUGAAAAAUACCCACUAAUAGUUUUUUCUCAUGGUCUUGGAGCAUUCCGGACAAUUUAUUCUGCUGUUGGCAUUGAUCUUGCAUCUCAUGGGUUCAUAGUUGCUGCUGUAGAACACAGAGACGGAUCUGCGUCUGCGACUUACUAUUUCAGGGACCAGUCUGCUGUAGAAAUAGGGAACAAGUCUUGGCUCUAUCUUAAAACCCUAAAACCAGGGGACCAGGAGGUGCCUCUACGAAAUGAGCAGGUGCGCCAAAGGGCAAAGGAGUGUUCCCAGGCUCUCGAUUUGAUUCUGGACAUUGAUCGUGGAAGGCCAGUGAAGAAUGCAUUAGAUGUAGAGUUUGAUGUGGAACAACUGAAGGACUCUAUUGACAGGAAUAAAUUAGCAGUAAUUGGACAUUCUUUUGGUGGAGCCACAGUUAUUCAGACUCUUAGUGAAGACCAGAGAUUCAGGUGUGGUAUUGCCCUGGAUGCAUGGAUGCUUCCAUUGGGUGAUGAAGUAUAUUCCAGAAUUCCUCAGCCCCUCUUUUUUAUCAACUCGGAACGGUUCCAAUAUCCUGCUAAUAUCAUAAAAAUGAAAAAAUGCUACUCACCUGACAAAGAAAGAAAAAUGAUUACAAUCAGGGGUUCAGUGCAUCAGAAUUUUGUGGAUUUCACCUUUGCAACUGGCAAAAUAAUUGGAUACAUGUUCACUUUAAAAGGAGAUAUCGAUUCAAAUGUAGCAAUUGAUCUUAGCAACAAAGCUUCAUUAGCAUUCUUACAAAAGCAUUUAGGACUGCAGAAAGAUUUCGAUCAGUGGGAUUCUUUAAUUGAAGGAGAAGAUGAUAAUCUUAUUCCAGGGACCAACAUUGACACAACCAACCAGCAUGUCACUCUACAGAACUCUGCAGGAAGAGAGAAAUAGAAUUUAGAUCAAGAGCACUUUUUAAAAAGCUGUCUAAAAGUGUGUGUAUGUGUGUGAUUUUAAUGUUUUUUUUUCUCAAAUAACUCUAUUGUAAAAUGUAGACUAUAUCAUAACAGUGAUUGAAGCUUGUACUGGAAUUUUUUUCUUUAAAUGUAAAGAACGACUGCUAUGUA